CCACGGAUAAACCGAUCUCAGCAGAGCGCGAGCGUGAAUCGCAGAGAGGGAGUGUGCGGGUUCAUUCCUGAAAUUAACAAAUAUGCAAAUAAUUACAUUAUUCCCGAUCGUUUCUGCUUUAUUAUUAGCACUGGCUGCCAAUGCAGAGGUGUACUUUAAAGAGCAGUUUCUGGAUGGAGAUGCCUGGAAGACUCGAUGGCUGAACUCCGAGCACAAAUCUGACUAUGGCCAGUUCAAACUGACCGCUGGAAACUUCUACGGAGACGCUGAGAAAGACAAGGGUCUGCAGAGCAGUCAGGAUGCCCAUUUCUACGCCACCUCCGCCCGCUUCGAGCCCUUCAGCAACGAGGGCAAACCUCUGGUGAUCCAGUUCACCGUCAAACACGAGCAGAAGAUCGACUGCGGAGGCGGAUACGUUAAAGUCUUCCCGGCUGAUCUCAACCAGGCGGACAUGCACGGAGACUCCCAGUAUUACAUCAUGUUCGGGCCGGAUAUCUGCGGCUACAGCACCAAGAAGGUCCACGUCAUCUUCAACUACAAAGGAAAGAACCACCUCAUCAAGAAAGAUAUCAAAUGCAAAGAUGAUGAAUUGACUCACUUGUACACAUUGAUCCUGAAUCCGGAUCAGACGUACGAGGUGAAGAUCGACAACGAGAAGGUGGAGUCCGGCUCUCUGGAGGAGGACUGGGACUUCCUGCCCCCAAAGAAGAUCAAGGACCCCGAAGCCAAGAAGCCUGAGGACUGGGACGACCGCGCCAAGAUCGACGACGAGUCGGACACCAAACCCGAGGACUGGGAUAAGCCAGAGAACAUUCCCGAUCCUGAUGCCAAGAAGCCAGACGACUGGGAUGAGGAUAUGGAUGGAGAGUGGGAACCUGCCGUGAUCCCAAACCCGGAGUAUAAGGGCGAGUGGAAACCCAAACAGAUCGACAACCCCAACUACAAGGGCAUCUGGGUGCAUCCUGAAAUCGACAACCCUGAAUACUCUCCUGACGCCGAGAUCUACAAAUUCGACAACAUUGGAGUCAUUGGGCUGGAUCUCUGGCAGGUGAAAUCCGGCACUAUAUUUGACAACUUCUUCAUCACGGACGACGUGAAGGAAGCUGAGGAUUUCGGAAAUGAAACGUGGGGUGCUACAAAGGGUCCCGAGAAGAAAAUGAAAGAGGAACAGGAUGAGAAGAAACGCAAAGAGGAGGAGGAGAAGAACAAGGAGCAGAGCACAGAAGCAGAUGAAGGGGAGGAGGAGGAGGAUGAAGGCGAGGAGGAGGAAGAGGAGGAGGACGAGACGGACGAGUCUCCAGAGGAGGAGGGAGACACUGAUGCUCUUCCCAAAGACGAACUGUAACGCAGGAUCUAGAUUACCGUCCACAUUCCGUGGUUGCCAGGAAACGACUGCAGUGCAUUCAUUCUAAACUCCGCGUCCUUAGAGACGGCGAUGAUGUCGUGAUGAUGUCAUAGAGGGCAAAAGGGCGACUGGAAGUUCUUAACCUAUACAUUUAAUUUUUUUGUUAUUGAAGAGUUUUCUGUACAGCUGCAGGAGUCUGAUCUGUUUGAAAUCUAUUAUCAGGUUUUUUGUGCCUUUCAUGUUUCUAAAAUCGAUACCCAUAUUAGUACGAGAUGUUGGUGUUAGUUUGAAGGAACUAGACGAAAUUCAUGAAGUUUAUUUGAUUUACUGUUAUAAUUAUGGGAGCCUGUUUUCACCACGGAAUACAAAAAAAAAAAAAAGUAAUUCUCAGCUUAUAUCUCACAAUUGGGACUUUUUGUCUGAGGGGAAAAAAGUAAAAAUUGUGAGAUUUAAUCUCAUAAUACUCAGAAAAAUAAUAUGAAUUGUGAGAUUUAAACUCAAAAUUGCAAGAUAUAAGCUCGAAAUAAUGAGGAAAAUGUCAGAAUUGUUUGGUUUAAAGUCAAAAUUGCAAGAUAGAAACAAAAUAUUGUGAGAUAUAAACUGAUAAUAUUGAGGAAAAAGUCAGAAUUUUAAGAUUUAAACUUAAAAUUGUGAGAUAGAAGCUCAUAGCUCUUUGAGUCGUGUUUAUUGGAAUGUUUUUAUUCUGUAGUGGAAAAAAACAUUCUUCAGAAUUACAGGCAAAAAUUUUUCAAAUGGGUUUAUAUCUAGCAAUUCUGACUUUUUUGUGAGAAAUUAAGUCCGAACUAUGACAUAAAAAGUCAAAAAAAAAAAAAAAAAAAAAAAAAAAAAAUAUAUAUAUAUAUAUAUAUAUAUAUAUAUGUAUAUGUAUGUGUUAUACAUUUUUUGUGUUUUCCCAUAGUGGAAACAGACUUCCAUACACAGUAAAGCAUGUUACUGGGAUGUUACACCGCUUGAGCAGUUGUUUCUCUGCGUUGCAGAAAUGUGAUGAGCGCAAAGUGCACUGAAACGGAAGAAUGGAGGAUGGUGAUUUUCGCCCUUUUGUUAUUAAUAAGAGAUUAAUCAAAUCACAGGCUGGGUUUCAAACUGGAGUCCUCAUUUCUGAAACACGAGCAGAACAAAAUCUUUUUUGUGAAAAUUAUUACAAGAAAACAUACAAGGAUUUACGCAAAUUCAUUCUGCCUGUAUUUCAUCAAUGAGGACUAAUGAAUGUUUGUACUGUAGUGCAAAAGAAAUGUACAAUGACAUAAUGUUCCUUUGGCACUGAUGAUUUAGUUUUGUUCUGUAAUUAUAUGAAUCUCCCAAACAAGAUAUUCAGUAAAAUUUCCUUUUAUUUUCCAGCUCUAUUUAUUACAAAUGUCUUGCAGUUUGAGUUUCAGAGUUUUAUGUUCAUUAUGUAGUUGAUAUAAUUUUUUUUUUUGUUACUUGAAAAUAAAUGAGCUAAAUUAAGGGAUGCGGGGAUAUUUGCAGAGGUUUCAAGGCUGCAUUAAAAUAAACACUGUGAACUAAAACCCAGAUGUUCAAAUCGGAUUAGUACUGAAAAUCCUGUUUAGUGACAUUAAAACACCUUUUUACAUAUUGAGAGAGUUGCCAAAGUUUUAAUAAAAAACUUUAUUGUA